AUGUGUGCGAAUCACGAGGUACCAGACAGUUUUUCAGAAAAGAUUGUUCGUCAAUAUUUGACGGCUACAAAUUUCGCAAAGACAUUAGAUGCUUUUAAUGUCGAAGUGCGUCAACGAAAGGCACCGUACCGGCCGUCAAAUAUUAUGUGCAAGUUAUGGACAUGUUUAGAUGAACACAAAUUGGAACAGCUUGUGGACCUGUGGCAUAUGUUAGAGAAUACAUUUUUUGUUCGCUUGGACGCUGACCGGCAAAGAGAUGCUCAUGAUCUUAAGGUUCAUUUCUUCCGAACUUAUAUAGCCCUGGCUGUGAAAAACAAGCGGCGUGAUGAAAUCCAAGAAUUUUUUGGUAAACUUUCAUCAUACUUUUCCACGGAUUCGGAUAAUUGGCGCAGUUGGUAUGCUUUACCGUAUACCACGGAUCCUCAAGACCAUCCGGACUAUUGCAUGUACUUUACCAGCACGUGGUUAGAUAUUUUGUUUCUGNUGUUUCUGUCCAUGGAAAAUUUUUUGUGUAUCAUUUUUCACGCGGAUCUCUGUCAGAACAACUUACUUCACACAAUUGAAGUUUUAGAAUCUCGACUAAAGGUGAGUUUUUAUCUGUUGCUUACAGGCACCGACGAACCGCAGUUCUGUUCCACGAAAGGAUGA